UCCAUGAUCGGUGCAGCCGCGUAAAAGCGAACGCCAGCGGCACCUGCGACGAGCGGGUUUUUGCGGAACCGAUCAUCCUGAAGUGUAUCCAGAACGACCAUCGGCUCGCGAAUAUACACUGUAUAGGCGCAGAACGCGAUCUUACGCGGGAUCAUCCUGUGAGCUAGCCCCACGCUUGCUUUGAACCAUUGCCGAUGCUCGUCCAGGAAGCUUACUGCAGCCAUGGGGCACGACAAACGCGCCUUUGCGAGAUCGCAGAUCAUAUCGAACGGUUUCUCUGACUCCGAAUCAAGUACUUUGAGCGCGUACAAGGCUCGGAGUCGGUCUCCUUCGUCUGUGCUCACGGGUGGUCGAGGCCACGGGUGGGUCCACUCAGACGAGUGUUCACUAUUGUGCUGCUCAACCUCAAGAUUCCUCUUGCUAGCCUCGCCUGCUGCAUUGAAGUGAUCUUCCUUUAACUCCAAGUGUUGGCGUGGCUUUGGUGUAAGUGAACGGAGAAGCUCUUCGCUGUCUGGUUUGGACGAUGGGCCGGACGCAGGAGAAUGCAAGUGACUUUGUAACCACAUGCGAGACGCCUCCGACGUCACACUGAGGUGCGGUGAAGUAGCAUUAUUGGGGGAUCCUCCAGAGCGACGGUUUGAAUUGUUGAUCACACACGACAUACAUACGCGAACGCGGGUGGUGCCGAUGGUCGGAUCCACGUUGGCGUCCUUGUAUAGCGUGCAGUUCUUGCAAACGACCUCUCCGCACUGCGAUACAUCAGAGAAGCGUAAGAAUCCAUGAAAAGGAAAUCUUCCGGAACGUACGUAGACUUACCAUUCGGCAGUGGUGCUUGCGACGGAAGGUGCCGAACGGUCUGGUACAGACGUAGCACAAAUUACGCUCGUGGUCGGCGACCCAGUCGGCGGAAUCCACGAGAUGCAACACGAAGACGUCGUCGGUUGCCAUCUUGAUUCGGUGUUAGAGAUCACGAGAAGGUUUUAGCUUGUCGAUGCUGCAAGAGUACGCGAUGUUGUGGGGAUGGUAUGUAUUGCCGCAGUUGGGUCUGCACUUAUCUGCUUCGGGAAAAAAUGACUUAUGGUGCCGCUAGUGCCCUGGCAACGCGGCGACGGAGCGAAACGUCUUCUCACCACUCACCGUCUAUUCGAUGUUCCGUCGGCAGGGCGAGAAGGAGUCGGUGGCUCGCGCAAACGCAAGAAAAAAAUCGUAAAAUGGAGAACAAAUGGAGCUCCGUAGCCCUUGAGCGACGUUUUUUUCUGGCUCGUAGCUGUUGUUAUUUUUCGAUUCCGCCCUCCUCCCAACGUUCGCAACCUCCAUUUUUGCUCGUCGGAGAUCGUCGAGGGCUUCUAACCUCGCGCAAAAAUCCCUGGAGCCGGAAUGGGGAGGUAUGCAAUUCGACACUGCGUCGCACGAUCCGCGCAAAGUGAACCCAGGCGAAUAGUGUCUAAUAGUGUUCCCCCGCAGAAAGCUCUUUACAAACGCGCUCUGUGUGGUGGCGAUCCGUUUGAUGCGAUAUUCCGCCGCAAAUAAACUCGUCAAGGACAGUCCACAAAGUGGUUUAUUCGCUGCUGAACAACAAGUUCGAAUUGCUCGCUCCGUUGGUGGGAUAUGAGUUUACAAGAUCUGUACGUAAGUCAGGCGCAAACUACAGGACAGUGCUCCACGUUGACUAUUGCUCCAGUUUUCGUCAUCUAUCUAGCAAUCAGCUUGAUGAGUGGACGAGUUGAACCAUGCAAGACCCAAGUAUUUUGAAGCGAGCAACUUCUCUGUGGUCGCCGAGGCAGCGUACAGUUAAGCAAGCUAUUACAGAACGCCAAGCGUUUCGCUUGUGUCUAUUUCUUGCCGAGCAGGCUUAGAUUACUUGGCCGCUAUUGCACACACAACAACGAUGUCCC